CAGAAGCCUAUGACGUCAUCUUCUCUCUAUUUUCUAAACAGGUUUGGCUGGUGACAACCAAACACCGUAUCAAAAUGCAUUCAAUAUUGGUGAUUAUAUAGCUAAGAGAUAUAGAUGUCUUUAUUUUGAGGAGUCGGAUCGUGUGAACAAUGGACGGAGACGGUAAGCGUGAAUUUCAUUGCAUGUCUAAUAAUGCCAUAAUGAUUAAAGGGAGACGCAAUGAUAUCUGGCCAAAUCUUAGAUAGCAGUAACGUUAGCGGUCUUAUUACAUCCAUAUCUACUUGCUUUAGCUAGGUAUAUCUAAAAGCUACAUGAAGGCCUCUGUCACUGUCACUGAUCAAUGAUUUGUAAUUCAGUAUUCAAGCAUGGCCCGCAAGUUCCGCAUGUAGCUAGCCUACUCUUGUAUUCUUGACUGCUCAGUAACGUUACUGUUUUCGCUGCCUCUGCAUGACGUAGCUACCCUAUGAGAAAAAAAUGACAGAAUUAUAGCGACCAUGUAUCCAAGUAAGCUACUAAUGUAGUUAUGUGCAAUAAAAUGCAAAUAAUACAUGUGAAAUAUAUGAUGAUCAACAACAAGAACAUGAAAAUAGGGCCACUGUCUGCUCUGGACAAAUGUCCAAACUGAAGCUAAAAUUAAUCUGGACAUAGUAUCACAAGGUCUGUCUGGUGACCCGAAUCCCAAUAAUUACAAUUUCAUACAUUUCAUGGGCAUUAUUGGCAGCAUAGUGCUUCAUACAGUGUUGAGGAUCGGAGAACUGACUUGGCUGGGUUCGCGGUCUCUUCAACCUCUGUGUGUGUGUGUGUCUUUUGGAGGUGUUGGGAUAAAGCAGAAGUGUGUGAAGGCCUGCAUUAGACAAUAAGAAAUCUUCUUUCGUCUCUCUGACCAGGGGCCAGCAGUACUGGGGCCACUCCCUCAGAGGAGAUGAAUGGUACUGGGAACCUGAUGGACUUCCUGGAUGAGCCCUUCCCUGACGUGGGCACCUAUGAAGACUUCCACACCAUUGACUGGCUCCGGGAAAAGUCACGCGACACAGACCGCCAUAGGAAGGUGAAGGGGGCACACACACACACACACACACACACACACACACAGCUCUACACUCUAAGCAUUUUCUUCUUCUUCAUCCCCAGAGGAUAUCAUUCUUCUUCUUCUUCUUCUUCUUCUUCUUCUUCUUCUUCUUCUUCUUCAUCCUCUUCAUCGUCAUAAUCGUCAUCAUCAUAGAAAAACUAUUGAUGUCCACCUCAUUAAUUUAACCUGAUGAUCCAUUGAACCUCCAUUGAUGGUUAAUUGAUGGUUGUUCUAGAUCACCACCAAGAGUAAGGAGUCUUACUGGGAGCUUAUUAAGAGUCUUCUGGAUGCCUGGUCAGGAUGGGUGGUGAUGCUGCUCAUAGGAAUGCUCACAGGUAGGAACCACAGAGACAGAGGCAUCCUGCAAAGCUCUUACAUCUUUGGUACUACACUAGUCUCUUGUGAUAUGGCACACAUGAGAUUUGCUUCUGGGUGCCGAGAUUCAUACUGCACAAACAUGAACACAUGACAUGGCUCUCUAACAACCAAUCAAAAGUCACACAGCCAGAGUUGUGAAAUACCACGUCUGGUCUGGAUCCUUUUGAUAGGCAUGCCCGUUCCCUUUCUUAGAGUGAUCUGUGGUCUCAUGCUGUGUGUCCUCCCAUGUAGGUACGCUGGCUGGAGUGAUAGACCUGGCUGUGGACUGGAUGACAGAUCUAAAAGAAGGGGUGUGUCUGUCUGCGUUCUACUACAGCCAUGAGCAGUGCUGCUGGACCUCCAACGAGACCACCUUUGACGACAGAGACAAGUGUCCGCAGUGGCAGAAGUGGGCCGAGCUGAUGACUGGUCACUCUGAGGUCAGCAGAUCAAUGACCGUUAACCAGAUAUCCUCUUGAUUAAAGCCACAAUACUGAGUUUGUGUUUUAGCCCGACGAACGACAGACGUCACUUGGCUAGAUUAAGGGAUGUGGCUUGGGGAAAUGUAACUACUCUCAGUUUCUGAGGUUUAACUUGGUGUUUGUUGUGAUAGAGAGUGGGAUGAUUGUGUAUCAGGUCAUUAAACCCAUAUAUUCCACCUGUUCUUGUUUCUCCAGGGUGCCGGGGCAUAUGUGUUGAAUUACUUCCUGUAUGUAUUGUGGGCGCUGUUAUUCUCUUUCCUGGCUGUGUCUCUAGUAAGAGUCUUUGCCCCCUACGCCUGUGGGUCAGGUAUUCCUGAGGUGAGUGUUUGAAAUGUUGGCGUUCACUAAUAGAAAAUAACCAUACUAUAGUAUUUUAAAUACUACAUUUUGAUUGGCUGAAGAGCAUUCUAAGAGUGUUUAUUCAUUUCAGAUAACUGCACAGUUGCAAAGGUUAUACCAAAGGGGGAUGCUGUGUGUCGUCUUGUGUAGAUCAAGACCAUCCUGAGUGGGUUCAUCAUCCGGGGGUACCUGGGGAAGUGGACCCUGCUGAUCAAGACGGUGACCCUGGUCCUGGCUGUGUCCUCCGGGCUCAGCCUGGGGAAGGAGGGACCCCUGGUCCACGUGGCCUGCUGCUGUGGUAACCUCUUCUGCUCCCUGUUCUCCAAGUACAGCAAGAACGAGGGCAAGCGCAGAGAGGUACAGUGGUAGCCCAUUACGCUCCCAUUUCUGGGGAAAUAAUACAAUUUGGAGAAAUUAAACAAUUUAUCCAAGUAUUUAGUGUAGUCUGUAUGUAACUCGGUUUGUCUGUUGUGCAGGUGUUAUCGGCUGCUGCUGCCGCUGGGGUGUCAGUGGCCUUUGGAGCUCCGAUUGGAGGAGUUCUCUUCAGCCUGGAGGAGGUGAGGUAUACUUAAGUCCAUUAGAAAUCACCUGCUGUGUCCAAUCAAAUUCCAUCUCACUUCCAGAUACGUUGCUGUUAUUUUUGAUCCAUUUCCUUUUAAAUACUAAAGUAUCUCUGUCCUGUUCAGGUGAGUUACUACUUCCCUCUGAAGACGCUGUGGCGCUCCUUCUUCGCUGCGUUGGUGGCAGCCUUCACCCUGCGCGCCAUCAACCCGUUCGGCAACAGCAGACUGGUCCUGUUCUACGUGGAGUACCACACCCCCUGGUACAUGGCUGAGCUGGUCCCGUUCAUCCUGCUGGGGGUGUUCGGGGGCCUCUGGGGAACCCUCUUCAUCCGGGGGAACAUCGCCUGGUGUAGGAGGAGGAAGACCACUCUGCUGGGGAAGUACCCUGUCCUAGAGGUAACUAACUGUGGCACCCUAUUCCCAAUAUAGUGCACUACUUUUGACCAGGACCCAUAGGGUAGUUCUUGCAUUGAUUUACUUGCUUACUCAGCACUGAUUUAGUAGAUAGUAGCUAUUUAUAAGAAUGUUUUAGUGCAAUGAUUGUGAUUUGGCCUAUCUUAGUUGAAUGCACUGAUUGUAUCUAAGUUGCUCUGGAUAAGAGCAUCUGCUAAAUGACUCAAAUGUAAUGCCAGUUUCUGCUUCUUGCUUGCUUUUUGGGGUCUUUGCCGGUUUACUGUAAAGCACUUUGUGAGAACUGCUGAUGUAAAAAGGCUUUAUUAAUACAUUUGUUUGAUUAAGGUCAUCGUUAUAACGGGUAUUACCGCGGUCCUGGCGUUCCCUAACCCGUACACGCGGCGCAGCACCAGCGAGCUCAUCUCAGAGCUGUUCAACGACUGCGGUGCGCUGGAGUCCUCUCAGCUGUGUGACUACGUUAAUAACCCCAACAUGAGCCGUCCGGUGGACGACAUCCCAGACCGCCCUGCUGGACCCGGGGUCUACACCGCUCUGUGGCAGCUGGCCCUGGCUCUUAUCUUUAAGAUAGUUAUUACCAUCUUCACCUUCGGCAUGAAGGUCAGUAUGCUGUACGGCAUGGCUAGAUAGGGUUAUGUUAACUGACGUAAGCAGUUAUGAAAUGCUACUGAACUGCUUAUGUGUGGGUUAUGAAAUAUGAAAGUGUUAGGUCCUUUAUGUAGCUCCCUUCAAAUAAAGUGUUACCAAGUUUGGAUCCCAGAUAUUGUGAGUAGGAUAACCGUGCUCAUGGUUGAUUUGUUGUGUUCAGAUCACCUCUCCGCCAUGUUGUUCUAUGUCCUCUGUGUUGUCUCCAGAUCCCGUCUGGGCUGUUCAUUCCCAGUAUGGCUGUGGGGGCCAUCGCUGGGCGAAUCGUGGGCAUCGCUGUGGAGCAGAUGGCCUACCACCACCACGACUGGAUCAUCUUUAAGAACUGGUGUCGUCCCGGAGCCGACUGUGUUACCCCAGGGCUCUACGCCAUGGUGGGCGCUGCCGCAUGUCUGGGUGAGUCCCUAUUCAUUAGGGUUGUGUUCAUUAGGCACCAAACGGAUGAAAACAGACUGAAACAGGGCGGGAUUACUUCACACUUUAUAAAAUAAACACUCAGGUCAUUAGGUUGACACCUUUGUGUUGUUGUUAUAGGAGGUGUGACCAGGAUGACCGUGUCCCUGGUGGUCAUUAUGUUUGAGCUGACCGGUGGUCUGGAGUACAUCGUACCCCUCAUGGCCGCAGCCGUCACCAGUAAGUGGGUAGCGGAUGCCUUUGGGAAGGAGGGUAUCUACGAGUCCCAUAUCCAACUCAAUGGCUACCCCUACCUGGACGUCAGGGACGAGUUCACGCACAGGUAUUAAUGAAAAUGUAUGCACUCACUAACUGUAAGUCGCUCUGGAUAAGAGCGUCUGCUAAAUGACUAAAAUGUAAAUGUAUUACGGGAUACAUAUUAGGAACUUUGUCGUUCCUCCUUCUCAGGGGAGGAACCUCGCCCCUAGUCAAGUCUCAACCCUGCAGUAGUCAAGAGUCAUCCCUUCUCUAAGGGCUGGUUUUACCAGACACAAAUUAAGCAUAGUCCUGAACUAAAAAUAUAUUUGUAUACUUUGAGCAUGUUUUUGCUUCCAGGAGUGGGAUUAAUCUGUGUCUGAGAAACAGACCCUAAGAGCUCCUAAUAUGUGAUCCGUACACAGGACCCUGGCCACGGAUGUGAUGCGUCCCAGGCGCAGUGAGCCCCCCCUGGCCGUGUUGACCCAGGACAGCACCACAGUAGAGGAUGUGGAGACGCUCAUCAAGGACACCGACUACAACGGCUUCCCCGUGGUCGUGUCCCGAGAGUCGGAGCGCCUCAUCGGCUUCGUCCAGCGCAGGGACCUCACUGUGGCCAUCAGUAAGACAUUAACCCUGGAUCUCGCACACACAAACACACUCACACACACAUUUUAAAUACUUUAUUCAAAUCCAGAAAUCACAUUACAAUCAAGAAGGAUUCAAACAUUUCGAAGGUCUUGGAUGCAUGGAACACUUAAGAAUACAAAAAGCACCUUCUCCAUACAGCUAGGAUGCCCAUAACACCUGCAAGAGAACAGUACCUUGCUAAUUGCUUUACUCAAGUCUUAGGUCGGCCUGCAAUCUGAAGGCCACGUACUGUAAGCCUAUGUAACGUGGCCAAGGCUGCCAAAUAUCAGUGCUACCGACCUACACUCAUAUCCAAGGCUGUGCAAGCGUGAUAUUAGGGGCUGGUAUUUAAGAAGCUUUUCAGCAAAGGCCCACUCCAUCAAACUUUCAAAUGAGCAGCCCAAUUCCAAAAUGACCACCUCUCUCUGGCCUCCCUCUACAACAACAAUAUCUGUUGUGCUUAAAGGCCUGCUUCCAUUGAACAAAAUAGUGGGACUGUUACAGUAGGUUGUUUUCACUGUGAAAUGACAGACUAAACACCAAACAUAAUAGUUUGGAGAACAUGAAUAGGAAGUUGUGAUCAUAGCUAUUGUAAGUCACAUAGAAAGACAUCAGCAUGUGUUGAAGAACACUGUAUUUAAUGUGUCAGUUCAUUGAGUAUUAUCUGUGGUGUCUGAGGAGUCACAGCUGAUAUUUCUCCCUCCCUCUCAGAGACUGCCCGUCAGAAGCAGGACGGGGUGGUGAGCAGCUCUGUGGUCUACUUCACGGAGGACACCCCCCAGGUGGCCGAGGCCUGCGACCCCCAGCCCCUGAAGCUGCGGCGCAUCCUCAACCUCAGCCCCUUCACCGUCACAGACCACACCCCCAUGGAGACUGUGGUGGACAUCUUCAGAAAGCUGGGGCUCAGACAGUGUCUGGUCACCAGGAGCGGGUAAGGCUGAGAGAGGGGUGUGUGUGAGGGAUGAGUGUGUGGGGGUGAGGGUUAUGGGGGUCUAGUGAUCUGAGCUGGGGCUCCGACAGUGUCUGGUCACCAGAAGCGAGUGAGUCUGUCAUCAACCAAUCAACCAACCUAACAUAGUCUUCAUCCACCAGAGUUUCUGCUAGUUUAGAAUGUUUCACAUUUUAGUCAUCGAGCAGUUGCCCAUGAGCGACAUACAGUCCAGGGCCCGGUUUCCCAUAGCGAUGGAAUUUAGGCUUACGACUGUUUUAACGGCGUAUCUUUUCUACAACGGCGGAAGAUGUAACGUGCGUUUCCCAAAACACCACGCAGAUAGAACGUUCGCUAAGUGCGUUGUUGAGGCAUGUGUCGAUACUAAUAGGAUCGAAAGAAAGACAGCGCUGCUCUCGGAUCAGCGUUCUCCCUUUCAAACCUUACCUUAACAUUAGAAUGAUUCCACAAUACUGACGACGGGUCAGCUCCUAUGAGAUAUUAUCACCUAUGGCUACAAAUAUUGAAGCGCCUUAUUCUAAUGCUUACCCUAUAUUAAUGCACUAAAUCAAGAUUUGGCACAUCAUUGCGCACGUGUAGGCUACACAUCAUGAAAUAUAUUGAGGCAAAAAUUACAGACAGUAGCGUAGCCUACAAGCUAAAUAAAACUCAAUUGAAUUAACUUGAAAUGAAUUCCUUAUAGUCUAUACUGUAUGUAUCUUUUAAUACAGUCAUCUUGGUUUUCAUUUGAAGCAUCUUUAUAUCCUUCGCUUGUUUGUAACAAUUGCAAAGACAUUGGCAACUUUGUAUUUGUAGUCACAUUCGUUCUGAUGUUGUCUGCGGUCACAGAAAGACAGAUAAACAAGUUGAUUUUGUGUUAGCUGAGAUCUUCUGUGUAUAAAGGGCAAAAAAGUAUCUAACGACGCACUUAGUGGUCUGAGGCAGUAGUUAAAUAACAAGCGUUUAAGGGCAACUGUAGUGACGAUGGUUUUGGGGAAACAGCUCGGAGAUUUAACUAUGCUCCUACAAAGGUUCUAACGAUGAACUUGGCCUUAAGAUGCAUUUGGGAAAACGGGCCCAGUAUUCUAAAAUGGGCUCAUUUUACUUUGGUGUUAGAUUUAUGAAGACCAUAGACUCUGUUGAAUCAUUCCGAGGUUUAUUGGAUGGUGGAAUGAUUUGUUUGUUUGUCCCCCCCCCCCCCUCCUCUCUCUCUCUCUCUAGGCGUCUGUUGGGCAUCAUCACUAAGAAGGAUGUCCUCCGUCACAUGGCCCAGAUGAUGAACCAGGACCCAGAAUCCAUCAUGUUUAACUAG